UUCCCUCUCUCGCUCAGUCUCAUCGAAAACAUUCGCCGGGUAGGACGUGUUUUCGUCGUCGCGGCCAUUCAACGACUUUCGUGCGCAUUUGGUGUGAGUGUUGAGCUGUUGUAUGGAAGGGUAAACGUAUCGAGAGGAAGAGGGUUCAGUUGUUGUUUUCGUCCGUGCAUCGUUCGUUCCUUGACAACCCAGUGCUCAGCGCCGUGGUGUGGAUGCCUCUUCUAGCACUGUCUCCUAUGUGUCAAGGGUUGUUGUGAUCCCAAGGUAUAAGUGAAAAGCAACCGGCGGCAACUCAACACAGUCACAGGCUGUGAAAAUAUCGCCCAAAAAUGUGCAUAUUAUGAUUGGGAAUGGUAAUUUUAUUUUUGCAUCGGUUGGUGCGAAAAGUUUGACGUGCCUCUUCAAGGUCGCCUGUCGACGUUCGCAAAUGAAGUGAUGUUGAAAAUGCUGUCAUGGAAGGAAUGGUGCAACGGCAUGCAAAGAGUGGAUAGUGAAAACAUAACCCCACCAACAACGGCUUGUCUGCAAUGUGAUUUGAUGCAAUCGUGACCGUGAAAAUAAUGAUAGUGCCCCUACCGGGGGUGAGAAAGUGUGAGAAAAAGCCUCCGGAAAGAUGCAUCCGAUACCGCUGCAUCAGUGUGCAUGAUCAACGACCUCUUCCGUGGCGGCAAUACAAUAAAAAAGUGCAACGAGAAAAAUUAUAAUCCUAUGUGCCGCGUAUCUUGAAGCAUACAAAAAGGCACAAGAAGUUCUUCGUGUGAUGGAAGAGGUGUUUUCUAGUGAAUCGUUAACUGCUACAACGGAAUACUUAUCUGCUUUUGGGAACACAGUACUGUGAAAUGAUAUACGCGCCGGAUUACAAAUGACGUCUGAUAAAUCGAAUUUGGAUUAACAACGAAUGAUUUAUCACCUUUGCACGUCUAAAACGUAGAUAACAUAAUCGCAUCGACCAACGCAACCAUCGGAGAUAGUUCCUACACGGUAUCACCUGGCUUGACAAGCAGUUACUCUUGGCAACAAUAACCUGCAACCGUGUAGUGUCAUCCACCUGGCAGGAGAGAAAAAUGCUCCUUCCAUCCUUCAGUAAACCAGCGCCAACGUCACCGAACCAGACGGAACGAAGAACAAAUUAGCGAGCAGCAGCAAACAAAAAAUAACGCAUCCCAUCUUGCUACACGGCUAGCGAACCUCAUCCCUGAUCCUUUCGGGCCACACGGCACAGUGAAACGUUUGCAGUGUGAUACAUUCGGGAGUGAAAUCGUGGAAUGAACGACGUGGUGUUACCGUACUGUCUCGUUUCGAUCGCUCGUGGUGUCGUUAAGCCAGCUUGUUGCAAAGCGUGUACAUACUAGACACAAAGUAUAACAUUGAAAAAAAUGACACGAGCCAUAAAGUCGUAGCUGUCGCAGGGUUUACUGUGGUUGUGUAAUGUCUUUUUCAGAAAAUGUUUGGUUUUUCCAGCAGGUGUUUCUUAAAUACGUGAAUAUAACAUUCGUGUAGUGUAUCCCAGGAUUACUAUCUGGUUAUCAAUUAGUAUUUCUUUAAAAUUGUUUACAAUCGAAAGGAUCGUAUAGUAUUUCCAAUACAUCCACACGUUUGAUAUUUUGGCAUUUCGGCCACAACCUCAAGUUUGGCGUUGGCGUAAUUAAUGGUUUGUGUUUUCAAUUAUAGAUUUUUUUUUCUCUGCGAAACGGAAGUGAUAUGUGAAAGCACCAGAUAGCUUGUGAAAUAUUGUGUAGGAGUUGCUGAUAACAAAAAAGAAUCGCCCGAAAGAAAAUCCAACAACCCUUUCGGGGUGGAUUUGCUGAACCUGAGAAAAGCACCGUUCGGCGAAAGUGGACACAAGUGAAAUAAAAAUAAACCCCACCUCCUCCCUCACCCGCGCCUGGCCAAUGUCGCUGAAAGUGACUAACGGGUGGCCUAAUGUGUAGCGUUGUGCCGUUCCCACCGAAGGGACACUGCCCAGCCAGCACACAUACGCCCUGCCGCACGCCGCACUCAAGCUAACAACGGCUACUGCACCCGGGGAUCGUAAACAUGGGGAUAUCAGAAGCGACAUUGUUUCCAUUAUUUAUCGGCCUGCUCGCCUGCUUGGCGGUGAAUGUAAUUGCUCUGAAAGUGAAUAAGGAUCCGCAGCAGCAGCAGCACCAGCAACGGUCACACUCAGGUGGUCCGCUCGACCGAACCGGUCGGACAGGAGGUGGUGGUUACACGUCGGCAAACGACGAUUUUGGCUACAUUUCCGAUGCCAUGCUGCCGGAUGUGCACGGCGACGGUGCGGGCUCGCCGCUCGGUGCAGCGGUGUCAAAGGGCGCCGGCAGUGCCAGCGGUGUACCACCGUUCAAGUCGGAUGUGUCCACCAGCCUGCCCGCUUUCUCUGGCACGGUCACCAACGCGAAAGCGCCGUUCGGUGUGGAUGAUCCGGACGAGGAGGAACCGGACGAUGACGAGGACGAUGGGUACGAGGAUGGGGGCGAGCUGUUGGGAAACUUCGAUGAGGACAGCCGAGCGACGGAAGACCGAGGACCGAGCGGCCACAAGCACGACUCGCUGGAUUACACCGAUAACUUCGAGGUAGCGGCAAUCGAUCAGAUCGAGAGCUUCGGGGCAGGGAACGAUGGGACACCGCUGCCGGUGUUUCUGGUAGAGCCGAAAGGUGCUUAUGUCAUGAAGAAUCGACCCGCCAAGCUAUACUGCAAAGCGUCCCAUGCACUGCAGAUCUCGUUUAAGUGCAGCGGCAGCACAAAACCUCCACCGACGGAGAAAGAACACCACACCGAUCCGCACAGUGGCGUCCAGCUGCAGGAAGCGACGGCCACCAUCACCCGCGAGCUGGUCGACGAGUUCUUCGGCAAGGGCCCAUUCAAAUGCGAAUGCCGAGCAUACUCAUCCCGUGGCCACGUCAAGACACAACCGGUUACGAUCCAAGUGGCAACCAUUAAGAAACAAAUUAGCAUCUCACCGAAGAUCGUGCGCGUCGCCACGGGUGGUCGGGCCGAGCUGAACUGCAUCGCGAAUGCAACACCGGCGGCCAAAGUCGUGUGGCUGAAGAACAGUGUGCCGGUCCACGCCAACCCACCUUUUGUACUGCUGACCGAGAACGCGCUGCUGAUUGCUCGAGUCGAAAUACAGGACAUGGCCAAUUAUACAUGUGUUGCGGAGAACAUCGCCGGCAAGCGCGUAUCAGACCCAGUUCCAAUCACCGUGUACGUUGAUGGAGGAUGGAGCUCAUGGGGUCCCUGGACGGACUGCAAAUGUCCCGGCCAUGGCAAGCAGGGCCAAAAACGUACCCGUGUGUGCAACAGUCCAGUGCCGAUGAAUAAUGGUGCACCUUGCAAAGGUGCUAGCACAGAGUCGACGCCCGACUGUCUGCCUUGCUCUGUAGACGAUGUCCAGAUUGUGAAUCCUAAUGGAUAUCAAUUAAGCGCCGGACGAUGGUCCAGUUGGUCCGAGUGGAGUGAGUGUGGCCCAGACUGCACCCAGAUUCGACAGCGCUCCUGUGUCGGUAGCUCGUCGGCCACUCAACUAGGGUCCGUACCAGUGACUUCGGCUGCCUUGGUAGCUAACAGUUCCUCAGCCCAAGCUUUCGCGAUCGAUAGUGGAACUAUCGUCAAUUGUGCCGGAAAGAGUCAACAGUCCAUCAAAUGUACCGGGGGGCUAUGUAACUACACAGCGCAAGAUUCCAACUGGUCCGUCUACCUGUGGGUUACCUUGGUUGCUGCUUUCUGCCUAGGAGUUGUAUUUGCCGUGUCCAAAUUCCUACGAAGAAAGAAAACCAUUCCAGCUUAUAAUUUGGCUCGUUCAGAAAUGCCGACCGAAUAUUUCGCCAACGAGAGCAAAAAGCUGACCCAUUUCCAGCCAGAUCUGACGCAGAACACGGGCCCCAUCAAUUACGAGUACCCGAUGACAGCGUCCCUCCAGCCCCAUCUGGCCGGCCAUCACCCGCACCACCACCACCUACAGCAGCAGCAUCAUCAUCAUCUGUCUUCGCUGCACCACCAGCACGGCAGCAGCCUGCUCGGGCCGGUAGCCACCGGACACGGACAGCUUCAUCCCCAGUGCCAAUCGCAGCAAGCGCCAACCCUUCCGAUCGGGGGCCUCAAAUCGUCAUUGCCUUUGCCACGGUCCAAUUCCGAGCACCAUUACGACGUGCCCCAUUUGUGCAAUAACUACAUCUACCCGCUGGACAAAGUCAGCAUCAAUGAAUCAUACUCGUCGUCCACCUAUUCGAAGCGCGUGUGCAGCGUGGAGUCGCUCGAGACAUCGACCAACACAUCGGCCGAUUCCACCUACGACCAGGCGCCGAUGCUCCCGCCCAGCAGCUCGCCCGCCAUCCGCCCGACCACGCUGGUGGAGGAGCCGUUCCGCGGCGCGGAGGUGACGCACGCGACCCUAACGCCCGCCGGCGCCCUGCUCCGGCUCGCCACCUACUCGACCGCGCUGCUAAUCCCCGAGGGCGCCAUCCCGAAGCACCAGCGGCACAGCGUGGCGCUGUCGAUCGUGCGCGACGACAAGCACCACGUGCCGGUGCCGACCGGGCCGCGCUCGACCUACCUCAGCCCGGUCGUGUUCUGCGGCCCGGUCGACACGAAGGUAAACAAACCGAUCGUCAUGCAGCUGCCCCACUGCGCGGAGAACCUGUCCGACUGGGCGUUCUCGCUGUACAGCGCGCCGGACAAUGUAACGCCCUGGUGCAAGGUCGUGACGAUCGGCGAGGAGACGCUCAACACGCCCGCCCUGGUGCAGAUCGACAAGCGGUACGCGUACGUGCUGACGGAAACGUUCGGUAAGUACGUACUGGUGGGCGAAUCGGCCACCGACAUCCAGGAGCGGGUGGCGUGCAAAAGGCUGCGCCUGUUCAUCUGCGGCCCGUCGACCGUGCCCGAGUUUUCCGACGUCAGCCUGCGGGUGUACAUCGUGGAGGAUAACCCGGGGGCGGAGGAGCGCUGCCGGCACUGCGAGCAGGAGAUCGGCGGUGUCCUGCUCGGCCGCAGCACGGUGCUGCACUUUGCGGACGUCGGCCAGGCCGGGCUCAACAUCGACCUGCAGUGCGUCGGUGGCUGGCGGGCGAAAAGCUCGAGCGAGCGGCAAACGAUACCGUUCUCGCACGUGUGGAACAGCGCCUGUACGGCACUGCACUGCAGCUUUACCCUGUGCCGGACCGAGCACGACAAGUGUGACUUUAAGAUCGUGGUGCAGGCGUCGCAGGAUGUCCCCCAAGGGUUAGACGAGCGGCUGACCGCGAUCGGUGUGCCGGCCACGCUCAGCAUCUCCUCGUUCGUGCCGAUGGCAAAGGAUGGGCGCCACUGUCAGCACUCCUCCAGCUCGUUCGAAACGAUGACGAUCUGUAGCGUUGGGUCGGGCGACCACAACACCAACCUGCUCGCGACCGAUCGCUUCCGGCUGUCGAAGGACGUCAAGCGGAAGCUGUGCCGGUGUCUCGAUCCGCCGACGCAGAAGCGCAACGACUGGCGCAUGCUUGCCGCACACCUGAACGUGGACCGGUACCUGACGUACUUUGCGACCCGGCCCUCACCCACCGACCAGAUUCUCGACCUGUGGGAGUGUCGCAAUCGCGACCUGAACGCGCUGCAGCAGCUGAUCGAGAUCUGCCGCACGAUGGAGCGACCGGAUGCGGUGGCGAUACUGGAGCAGAUCCAGCCGGCGGCCCCGUGGGUGUAGGAAGUCCUGCUGCACGGGAAGCCCAGAACUAACGAAUAACCAAGCGAUGGCUGCGAUAGUAGGUCAAGUCACUCUUUAUAAAUAUUUAUAAUUCAUUAUCAACCAAACGGACACCGCACCGCCUUGUCAGUGUGUUGCGCCAGCCGAAGAAGGGUGCGGAGAAAUUGACUGACAGCCACACGGGCUCUGUUCUGCGGAACGGUUAGUCCGUCCUGUUACGUCCCUGUUUUUUCCCUCCCUGACUGUUCUUCGCUCUUUCUCCCCCGAUCCGGGACCGGACUGGACAAUCCUAUCGGACAAUCUGUUAUUAACUCCGGCACUCUCGCGCAGACGAACUAGCCAGCGAACCCGUCUGCCAGUCGGGUAGUUGUCGGUUGUCACUCCACCCCUGACACUGACACGGCAACGGAUGCGAGGCGUCAUUGUACUGAUUGCAAUUGCACCGAUGCCCGAUGCUGUCCGUUUCGGAAAGAGCCCUUUCGAAGCCAGUUCAGGGGCCGAAAGGGUUCAGCUCGGAAAGGUCAGUGGUUGUGUUGGUGCUCGUCCGGCGGGAUGCAUACGUUACACACUGACUCAGAGCGCUAGUAGCAACGAGACUCCAGCGGAAGGAGAAGACGCGUGGACGCUGAGACGACUGGCAUAAGGUGAUUUUGUGUUUUCGUUUUCCGUUUCACUCUGUACAAUGUAAUGUAGCUGCUUAAGAUGCUCUCGCACACACAGAGAAGCGCACAGUAAAUCUCAACUACGUAUCCUACGAAGCUAUUGCUCAAAUCAAGCAAAAGUUCAUCCAGUAGUACCACGCGGAAGAAGAAUUGGAACAAACCAGCAUUUUUGUACGAAACAUUGCCGUCUAUCAAGCUAUCGAACGACACACCAAACUCAUAUCAGUUGCGGUGCUAAUGAUACUACAACUUUCUUUCUUAUCAAUCUUCUCCAAUUGGAUACCGUAAUCGAUACAGUGCGUAACACAGCUAUGGCAACACAUUUUGUUGUUGCGAAAAAAAAAACAAUAGUUGUAAAUGUUUGUUACAUAGCAGUCAAAUUCCAAAGACUUGGAAAUUCAAAUCUUGCCCAUUUCUAUUAUUAACAGUUUUGCAUUUUUAGAGUAUUAUAGCCAUUUUUACGUCAACGAAUACUUGAAACAAUAUUUUUUCUUUAAUUGAAAUGGUAUAAACUUAAAAAAGUUUUAAAAGUUUAAAAAGUUUUUUAUACCAUAUACCAGGUUCAGUAUCAUUGUUUUCCUUCGUUGCAUGGCGUUUGUCAUAAACCAAUAGCGAUUUUGUUUACUAAAUUUGUAAAUUACGUUGCUUAUUUUAUUGGAAUAUAUUCAAAAAUUGUACCGAACUGUUCAUCUAGCUGUGUUACGCACUGUAAUAGUAUUUUAUUUUAUUUCGCAUCAUUACUAUAACAUCAAUAUCUUCCUUCCUUUUCCAAACAAAAGAACACAGCAUCCCUUUCAGACGAAAAGAAAAACAAGAGUGAAUAUUAAAAAAAACCCAAUAGAAUUAAUUAAUAAGACUGAUACAAAACUGUAUAAAGAAAAGCGGGCGAAGCGAAAUAAGAUAAUUACGCGCAGUUCAAACCUGCAUCUUGCGUGCACUACUGUUAGGCUCUGUUGAAAAACGUAAAAUACCAAAAGAUAAACAUCGAACCACAUGCGCAUUGUAUCAGAGAGGAUUCAGAUCUUGCCGAUCCUUUAGGUGGUGUGUGUGGCGAAUGGAAUGGCAUCUACACUAAGUACUACUAUUCGAUAUAAGUUCGUACCAGUAGCGAGAUGUAAGGCUUAAUAUGUUGUGCAACACUGACAGAGCCAGUGUCGCUUUCAGUGUCCUUCCCAAGAAAACAAAAAUACGAUUGAGUUUAUGUACUGUAUAAAGUUUAAGUGAAAGUAAGUGAAAAAUCAUACCGUUAGAGUACGUUUCUCGUCCAGUGUUGUGAACUAUGUUAAAGAUGAUUUUAUCAUACUUUUUUUUUGGGCGGAGGGUAUCGAGAAACACCGCCACCGCAAGAUGUAAUCAUUCAGCACUAAUGUUUCCUUAGUAAUUAAAGUCUUUGGUAUCAUGCUAGAGUGUUGCUGCCAUAGAUAGACGUGCACCUGGAAGUCAAAAUCGGUGUACCAUCCUUUAGCAGUGACCACCAAAAUAGACGACACGGUAAGAGGUGAUAAAAUAUUCAAAAUAUUUUAUGUUCGAUUACUCUCCUUCAAAGCCCUUACUCUACUAUCAACGCUCUGCCCACUGCGGCUGAAAUUAUUAGUUGUCUAGUGUGUAGUGCACCAAGCAAAAACGAAUUCUACCCUAUCGAACUUAACCGGAAUUGCCUUUGUUCUAGUUUCUAUGAUUAUUCUUAACAAUGCUUUUAAAUUUAACGCUAUCGAGUGUACGCACGUACGGAGUUCAUGUUUUAGAUGUACUAAUUCAAACUUUAGUCUUCUACCUCAUUACAGGGUGUGGUGGGAAGGGAUGCGCAAAUCUUUUCAAUUCAAUUUUCAAAUUUAAUGAGUCAUCUGACCAGUAUAUUACUAUAACCCAACAGAUCAAUACAGAUUAUCAAACUGGUUUGUUUGCAUCAAUAUCUUUACAGGAUUUACAGGUUUUUGAUGUGAAAAUUAGUUUUCAAUUCAAUCAUCCAUUUUCAGAUAUGAAAAUAGAGCCUUCAAUUUGACUUCAAACAUUCUUCCUGGCUGCUUAAGGCGGCGCUCUAGCAGCAAUCGAACACGACAUCCGACACGAACAAACCCAUAUAAUCAUAUGGAGGUGCACUGUCAGACACAAACAAACAAACAAGAAAAACGUCGAGUCGAACAUGUCAGUUGAUUCUGUCUGUGAUGUUCGAUACCCACCUGUGCUGUGAGUACCUUGGCUGUCAAACGCUUCACAGCUACAGUAGAUAGAAUUCAAUUCGGGACAUUUUUAAGUUUGUUUACGUAGUUUGUCUCUUUUUCUUCUUAAAAUUGCGUGCAAAAUAUUUAAAAUAGCUAUCAAUAAUUAUUGUUAAACUUUUCAAUCAAUUAUAACAUCAAAUAUAAAGGAUUGAAACGUAUUAAACUAUUGUGUGUACAUAAUCCAUGUGUAUGCACUGUAUGUGUUUUGGCAUGGACGUUUGUUUACAUUUUUCAAUAUUAAAUUUGAAUGAUUUCUAUGUUAUUAUAGAUGUGAAUCACUAGUAAAUUAUGAGUUGAAUCUUCCCCCUGCAGGUGGAUAUUCAUUUAAACUAUGAAAAUGCUUCAUUUUCGAGACGAAAAGAAAGGCGUAUUGCAGUGCAUCAUGACAGGUCUAUAAGACAUCGAACAGCUGACAGAGCACCUAUCGAACAGAGUCGUGUUUGUUUGUCUCGUUCGAUUGGUCCCAGAGCGCCGCCUAACUCUGUCUUUAAAACAACACACCAAGGUGUAUAUAGUUAUUUUGUGCGAAUCAAGUAUUGUUUUUGGAGUUCGGCAGUGUCUAUGAGGCUCAAAACGUUGUCCCAAAGUGGGAUAAGUUCCCAUCUAGUGAGUUAUCUUCAAAGGACUUAAUGAACGCAAGAACAUGCCAAAAAGUUGGGUAAAGUAUUUGCACAAAUUAAUAAGAAUUUUCGCAUUCCUUUCCACCACACUCUGUAGUAGAAUGAUUUACCAAGACGCGACAUGUUCCGUAUGUUACAAAUUUUAGGUUUAGGCACUGGAAUAUGAUGCAAAAAAAGAGUGGAUCUUACUAUACGGACGAAAAAAUCGUAGGUAAUGUGUAAAAAGUAUGUCCACGUACACCUGUGUGUGUAUUUGUUCAAAGAACCUUACGAUAAAAAUGAGAAACAUGCGCCAGAAAGAAAAAAAAGGAAAGAGAAUACCUUGUAUUACACUGUAUAAGAGCAAUGCUGCUAAAUACUUCACAAAUGCCAAGUGCCAAGAGAAAAUACUUGUUUCCCAUACAUAUUGUGCUCUUCUUCUUCCUCUGUCACUCUGGUACUCACUCUUACUCUCCCCCCUUUCCCAAGAAUGGUCACCCCAGUCCAUAACUAACGAACCCUCACACACAGAGUUUGAGGUUCGUUUAGAAUUGUCCUUUCAUGCAUGGUGCGGCUAGUGGCCGCCCAUCCCCCUGGGUUGAGCGCAUAUUUGUCAAGGACAGCACACACACACACACACACCGAAAAGGGACACGAAAGAAUACAACCGUCCCCGCAUUGUAUUCUGCUCAAACAUCAUAUUUCGCUCCCAAUCCCCUCUACUUCCGGCGGGUAGCCACCGCCUGGCGUGGCUUCCUUUCGGGACACGUGCUACAAAUCAACCAGCAUCUCGCUCGCUUGCAUACCCCCGUGUCCCCGCCAUUCACCGACACUCACUUCCGGUCUGCUCGUCCGUCCGCCCGCCCGGUGGCAAUUAACUCAGCUGGAAACGAAAUUAAUUGUAAAACCGCACCGCGCGCGCAUCGGCUGCACCGCAACCGCAUUGUGCACACAAUGCACACACAAACACACACAUGCACAAAAACACAAUGCACAACAAUGAGUAAAACAAAGAAGCAUCCCGACGACAGAAAUAUGAGCAUAAAUUGUCAAUAAAUUGUGGAAUGCAUGCACACACACACAUUCUACGCCUUUUUGCUCUGUAGCCUUUUGCCCGGGCGCAGUUCCAGGGAACGGCUGGGAGUCAUUUCUGCCACGGGGAAGGAUACAAUUUUAAAAAUUGUUUCUGCUUUUUAGUUUGAUUUCUGUUUUUUUUUUUGUGUGCUGUUUGUUCCCCCCAGUUGUGUAGAUUCGGCAUAGAGCACAAAUGGUUGCCAUCAGUAGGGGAUGAUAAUGGUGUGUGCGUAUCGAAAAAAAGGCCUGAUUUUCCUUUUUUUGCCUUGGCCUAGGUCUAAAACGAGCAAUAGCGACAAAAAAGCGCAACUAUUUCGCAAUGCAUUUGCAUACAUUGAUGCUAGGCGCUACCAUUGCUAAAAUGUAUUCAAUUAGAGCACAUUUUCGAACAAUGGGCCCGUGCCUAUGACAGCGCCAGCCCGACCGGAAGACCGGACCGGAAGCCGCACGUUCGGCCUCAGUGGCUCUAUCGGUGCUUUUCUCCCGGCGCAGUCAUUAGCUUAAAACCUUUUCACCCAGCCCUCUUUGCUCUGGUGAGGGGCAUUUGUAUGAUGGGAAUUGAUUUAUGGACGAUUUUCCAUAAUCGAUGACAGUAUCGGGCAGGAUAAUAUUUUCAAAUUAAAUAUCUGUCCCAAAACGACCUUCCCCUCCCUCCCUAGUGGUUCAAAUGCUGGAGCGCAAAUGGAGUGCUGGCAGGCAUAACCCGCUGGAGUCCCGCGGUAGGAUGAGAGAACCAAUAGCAAGGAUUAAGACCGAUACACAAACAAACACAAAAAAGUGGUACCGCGGGCCGGUUCGUGCGCGAAUAUGCGGGCUUCGUUGGGCUCGCGAAUCUACGACUAAUGCACAAAAUAGUGCAAAUAUCCUAAUGGAAGCGUUCCGGAAAAGGGAAAGGGAGCCAGUGGAGGCAGAAUGGACAGGGCAGAUUGGGCAAAUGUUUCCCGUCUCGGUGUGUGACAGUUGAUGCGUAACGAACAUGGCACUCGACACACGAUGAGCAUAAUUAAAUCGACAUCGGUAGUGAACCGGAACACGGAUGGUCAGGAUACCGGCCUUAGGUCGCUAGGGCCAAGUGUACCGGGCGGAAAGGUUGGAGUGAGUGCCUGCGUGACAAGUGUGUGGUGCCUCGAUGCGUAAGCACAUGUUGGUCAGCUGGAGAGAGAGAGAAAGAGAUGGAAGGAGAAGUGGCAGAACAAUUGGCUCGGGCAGUUUUGUAAAUCCGGAGGUUGUCUUUUGCCUAGGAGCGAACAGAUCACUCGGCAGGCGUGUGCGUUUGUGUAGAUAUACACUCGAAUUCUUGUGUAAGUAGUUUCCAAUUGUAAUGUGUAAUCGAUAGUAAGGCAUACGGCUACCAUCACGGUUGAUAUACAUAUACAUCUACUAUACUGCCCGUGGAGGCAAACACAUUUAUAUAUAUAUUUGUUAUAAAAUAUAAUCGAAAACUAUACAGCAUA